GAGUUUAACACUUCAUGACUGAGAGCUGUUCUUCAUGACAACAGAACCCACAACAACCAUGACUUUUAUCACCAUAUUCAUCUGGACACUUGUUUUCUGCUUUCAAGAAUCCAGAGGACAGUACGUUGUGACACAGACUCCGGUAGUGAAAGCUAUUCUCCCAGGACAGACAGUCUCUCUGAACUGUAAAACCAGCAGUAAUGUGUAUUCUAAUAUUCACCUAGCCUGGUACCAACAGAAACCUGGAGGAGCUCCUAAACUCCUUAUUUACUAUGCUACAACACUUCAGUCUGGGACUCCAUCUAGAUUCAGUGGCAGUGGAUCUGGGAGUGACUUCACUCUGACCAUCAGUGGAGUCCAGGCUGAAGAUGCAGGAGAUUACUACUGUCAGAGUUUACACUGGCUUGGUAGCACUCAGUGGUUCACACAGACCGUAGGACUGGCCUCCUGCUUCUGGUGGGUCCCGUCCACUUUCCAGCUCAAGGUCCAGUCUGAGGGGAAGCCCUUGUUGGCCAGACACGUCAGUGUGGCUGUUGUUGUACUGGACAGCUCCUCACUAGAGGGGGGCAGGACGGAGCUGUUCUUCAUGACAACAGAACCCACAACAACCAUGACUUUUAUCACCAUCUUCAUCUGGACACUUGCUUUCUACAUACAAGAAUCCAGAGGACAGUACGUUGUGACACAGACUCCGGUAGUGAAAGCUGUUCUCCCAGAACAGACAGUCUCUCUGAACUGUAAAACCAGCAGUAAUGUUUACAACAAUAACUUUCUAGCCUGGUACCAACAGAAACCUGGAGGAGCUCCUCAACUCCUUAUUUACUAUGCUACAGCACUUCAGUCUGGGACUCCAUCUAGAUUCAGUGGCAGUGGAUCUGGGAGUGACUUCACUCUGACCAUCAGUGGAGUCCAGGCUGAAGAUGCAGGAGAUUACUACUGUCAGAGUUUCCACUAUCCCAAUAGUAAAGAUGUGUUCACACAGUGAUACAGAGUCGUACAAAAACCUCCCUCAGUCAGACUGCACAGUGACUGUACUGAUACAGCUGGGACCUACUGCAGGUGCUGAGGGGGAAGAGACAGUGACAUGGAACAC